AUGCGGGGAUCCAGUAAUCUUUGUCUGUAUGCCACUCGUCCCAGUCGACGAGAGAAAGUGAAUAGCUCAGCAUCUCCAUUGGAGGGCAGAGCCACAAGUCCGGUCCAUGGGUGGCUCUUUGACGGACUUUUCUAUCGAAGUGGUAGUCACUGGGAUAGUGUCCUCAGUGAGCUGGCGACAUUGACCAUCCAAGAUGAGUUACACAAGGAUACAAGCAAUCAAUCCCAGGGAACUGCGCCUGGAUUGAAUGAGGAGCUGCUAGCGGUCAUGCCGUCUCGCUCCGCAGCCGAUAGACUGAUAUCAGCAUUCCUUGCUCCAAACUCUUUCGUUGGCCCCUACGAAGAAUACUGGAAGAACCCCUCAGCUACCACUCCAACAUGGCUAGCUCUGCUGUAUUCGAUAUUCAGCUUGGCGAUGAAAUUUCUUCCUGAUGCAAAAGCCGACUCGGGGAUGUCUGAGGCGCUCGGGAAACUCUACCACAGCAAGUCCGGCCAGUGUCUGGAGCGCAUCAAACCAAACCAGACCAAUCUGCAGACGCUCCAAGCGAUGAUCGCACACGGCAUCUUUGGUUUCUCUCAACGUGAAGAAUGGGGAGCUGGAUUGAUUACACACAUCGGCUCGAUCGUGCGACUGGCAAUGAGGCUGGGAUUGCACCGCGAUCCGUCCCAUUUCUCCAAUCUGACGCCCUUUGAGGGGGAGAUGCGCCGCAGGAUCUGGAGCUCGAUCGACCAGAUUGACUGCAUGUCCUCAUUUCAUCUUGGCAUCCCAGCUGCUAUCCGGACGGAGGACUCUGACACGGCUCCGCCGCGCAAUCUCCUCGAUAGCGACAUAGAUGAAGGCAUGGCCGAGUUGCCAUCGUCAAGACCGUUUUCAGCGAGUGUUCCAAUCGGGUAUUUACUGGCCAAGAGCAAGCUCACCCGAGUGAUGAGACGGGUUGUCGAAUUUUUGAAUUCCGUACAGCGGCAGCCUUACGAAAGAGUGUUGCAACUUGACAGCGACCUUGUGGAGGCGUAUGGGUCGAUUCCUCCCCACUUGCAACUGAACAACUGGGACAAUGCGCCAAACGAACCUGCAUAUGUAAUGGUGCAAAAAGUCCAGUUAGACACACUUCACCACCAGGCAGUCACCGCACUGCAUCGAGAGUAUCUUCAAGAAGCCCGGAAAGACCCCACAUUUGCUCUUUCUCAGCAAAGAAGCAUCGAUUCGUCCAUGACCCUACUCCAACAUCAGGCUAGCAUAUACAGAGAGGCUCAGCCGGGAGGGUGUUUGAGCAGCUUCCAUGGAUACACCAUCACUCCCGACAGUGCGAACUUUAGCCUGGCUGCGAUGGUGCUGUGCUUAUAUCUGCAAUACUGGACUCGGACAGACCAGGGGGUUCCUUCGCAGACAAAUGCCCGUGUCCAGGAGAUAUUCCAGGCUCUCGACACCUCCCGCCGCAUUUGGAACAACCUGGCGUGUGAGAAUCAUGAGGCAGGCAAGGUCGGACUCGUGCUAGACACAAUGUUGGAGCUCUUAGGUCCGAAACUCGGUAUUCCAGAUCGACAAGUCCCAGCUAUAGACCCGGGAGUCUCAGCCAAUAGCGAAAAUGGUCUUUCUUCCGAUCCCACUCUGAGCGGGCAGUCUAUCUCUACAGGUAGUUCUGAUGUUCAUCUUCGUACGGAUGGGGAUGGUGCAGGCGAAGCCAACAUGGAUAUGGUUGACCUUAAUUGGGAUGCGUGGGACUCAUUCGUGCAAGGAGACGAUUUUGAGACUGCGUACGAGAGCCUUCUUCUCGGCCAGGACUCAACAUUCCCAAUUGAAGACCUUCUCGACCCGAGUACUUCCUCAGCUAUCUAG